AUGCCGACCUAUCCCAUCCUCGUCGCCAGUGUUACAGAUUGUUAUGUCCUUGGGGCCCCUGGGGGAGCAGCAGGCAUCGGUAUUUCAUCUUAUGCCUCUAAGUUGAUCAGCCCUCACGAAGCCACCAAGGUGUUCUCCUUCUGGACGACAUGUGAAUCACUCGUGCCUGCCUUUGGAGACAUCUUCUCUUCCUUGGUGUUCAAUGCUGCUCUGAGCUACCAGCCGGGACUGCCAUUCCUCAUUGGUGCCGCCCUGCAGCUGUUCCCAUUGGCUGCAUUAAUACUCUGCUUGCGAAUGCCUCAUGCCGACCCUGAAGAGGAGGAUGAGGCCAUGAUCGACACUGAACAAGAUGGCUCCAUAAACCAACUGCCACACUCACUUUAAAGGAGUGCCACUUUCGCCGUCGCAAUCCAUCACGCCUUUUGAGUGCUGCCUAGCAGGGAGCACCACCUGAAACCGAUGGCUGUGCGGUGGCUUCAAACGUGUCGUCUGAGCUAUGGCGUUUCUUUUGCACAUGACUUGGCACCAGGUGUGCAAAUGUCUGAGCAGUUGAGGUGUUUGACAUGUGCCUGGUGUGUUGACAAAGCCUUAACGUUGUUCUCUGUACACCAACUAUGAAAUUUCAAUAGGAGGGCUUGCGAAUGCUCAAAUGGUGUUGUAGGCUUUGGCACUAUGUGAUGUUAUUGUUAGUGAAACCCCAGAUACCGUUUUUGUUGAAAUGUAACACAACAUUUUUUUCCUGAUUUUUGCAGCUUAAGGU